CAUGCCCAAGCUGCUGCCGGCUCAGGAGGCGGCGCGAAUCUACCACACCAACUACGUGCGAAAUGCACGGGCCAUGGGUGUGCUGUGGGCCCUGUUCACACUCUGCUUCUCCAUCCUGAUGGUGGUGACCUUCAUCCAGCCCUACUGGAUCGGCGACAGCAUCGACACGCCGCAGGCUGGCUACUUCGGCCUCUUCUCCUAUUGCAUCGGCAAUGCGCUCACCGGAGAGCUCAUCUGCAAGGGAAGCCCCCUGGAUUUCGGUACCAUCCCCUCCAGUGCCUUCAAAACGGCAAUGUUCUUUGUGGGCAUCUCCACCUUCCUCAUCAUCGGCUCUAUCCUCUGCUUCAGCCUCUUCUUCUUCUGCAAUGCCGCCACCGUCUACAAAGUGUGUGCCUGGAUGCAGCUGGCGGCGGCCACUGGGCUGAUGAUCGGGUGCCUCAUCUACCCUGACGGCUGGGACUCGAGUGAGGUGAAGCGCUUGUGUGGGGACAAGACAGACAAAUACACGUUGGGCGCCUGCACAGUGCGCUGGGCCUACAUCCUCUGCAUCAUUGGCAUCCUCGAUGCCCUCAUCCUCUCAUUUCUGGCCUUCGUGCUGGGGAAUCGCCAGGACAACCUCCUGCCAUCGGAUUUUAAAGUGGAAGGCAAAGAGGAGGGCAGUGAAUGACAGCAUUGAUCACUGUGUGAGUGCUACAGCAAUUCUGACGUUUCUUGCACAUGCAACGCCACCAGCAUAACUACAGGAUUACUGGUGCUGUAUUCAGAUGGGGUUUGUUUGGGGCCGAAUGGGAAACAGGCUUUGCUGUGCCUCCAUCUGGGAGAAUGUAAAUCCUUGCCAGGAGAUAGCAUAAAAUGCGAUGCUGUGCUCUACUCGGCAACAGCAACCGCUCUCCUUCUCUCCCAGGGCUGCCUGGAGCUCUUAGCAUCACUUCAGGAGAUGCGGUCCUUUCCUUUUGAGUGACUUUUCCUACACGUACCAUCACCUCUGGACUUUCUACAGCUUUCAGCUCUCAUGGAAUUUGUGUGAUGGGAAGAGACACACAGGACAUCAGCUUUCGUUGGUUUGCUUGUUUGUUUUGAGUCCAUAGGGGGAGGUCUGGGGCCAUGAUUUGCUGUCUCUUGGGGUUUGUACAUCUUUUGAGGAAACGACUUCUGAAUUAAAAUAUGGCCUUUUA